AGAUCUACAGCCCCUUUCUAAUUUUCUUCAUUCAAGUUUUCAAUAAUAAAUAGUCUUAAACACCUUCCUUCCCGUAAACUUUCUAAUACCAGAUAGAAAAUCCCUUCAACACCAUGGUCAGGUCAUGGUUGCUGGAUCUAGACACUACAUCCGCAUAUCUUUUGCGGAAGGAAGAUGAAUUUGAAGCAACAAGUUUCUUUCUUUCUGUUUUUUUUAAUUCUCUUCACUAUCUAAAUAUUGGAAGAAACAAUUAAUUAGUGAGUGAGUCGCAUUUUCUUCUUUACUCACACACACAGCACAACACAACCGAGCGAACAGAGACACUGAAUUUGUGAUCCCAGAGAGCGCAAGGGAUUUUGAAGGUUGGUCGUUUGAGGAAUCAUGAAAGUGGAGAUGGAAAAUUCAACAACGACUGAAUCGUCUGUACCUGUUUCUGAUAUUCAAGAUCAAAACCCUCUAGUUUCGUCCCAGCCAACUCAACCACCGGUUAUUACUCCUGUCUUGCCACCUCUGGCUCCAAUUCCUACAGCUCCUUCCUCUCUUGUCCGACCUCUGGCACCGCUCCCAAUCCGCCCACCGGUUAUUAGGCCGCCGGUACCGCAAAAUGGCGAGGUUGGGUCUAGUGAUUCUGAUUCGGAUGAUGAUGAUGGUGCAGCCACCAGAAUUAAUAAGGGUACUGGGGAGUAUGAGAUAUCAGAAGAGAGUAGACUGGUGAGGGAGCGGCAGGAGAAAGCCAUGCAAGACCUUAUGAUGAGGAGGCGAGCUGCUGCUCUUGCUGUUCCCACCAAUGACAUGGCAGUGAGGGCCCGUCUUCGCCAUCUUGGUGAGCCGAUUACUCUCUUUGGUGAGAGGGAGAUGGAGAGACGAGAUAGGUUGCGGAUGAUUAUGGCAAAGCUGGAUGCGGAUGGUCAGCUGGAAAAGCUAAUGAAAGCUCUUGAGGAUGAAGAGGCCGCAACUUCUGCUCCAAAAGAUGAGGCUGAGGAUGAUCUGCAGUAUCCUUUUUACACUGAAGGGUCAAAGUCUCUCCUUGAUGCAAGGAUUGAUAUUGCGAAAUAUUCUUUAGUAAAGGCCGCAUUGCGUAUUCAACGUGCCCAGAGAAGAAGAGAGGAUCCGGAUGAAGAUGUGGAUGCGGAGAUUGAUUGGACAUUGAAGCAGGCAGCGAAUUUGAAUCUUGAAUUCAGUGAAAUCGGAGAUGAUCGACCACUUACUGGUUGCUCGUUCUCCCGGGAUGGAAAAGGGCUUGCUACCUGUUCUUUCACUGGAGCUACCAAGUUGUGGAGCAUGCCUAAUGUUAAAAAAGUUUCUACCUUGAAGGGGCACACCCAGCGUGCUACUGAUGUUGCUUAUUCUCCUGUGCACAAAAAUCAUUUAGCAACUGCCUCUGCUGACCGGACAGCAAAGUAUUGGAAUGAUCAAGGAGCUCUUUUGGGAACAUUUAAGGGUCAUCUUGAACGUCUUGCACGCAUUGCCUUCCAUCCAUCAGGGAAGUACUUGGGCACUGCUAGCUACGACAAGACAUGGAGGUUAUGGGAUGUUGAAACAGAAGAGGAGUUGCUUCUUCAAGAAGGCCAUAGUAGAAGUGUAUAUGGUUUGGAUUUCCAUCAUGAUGGAUCGUUAGCUGCGUCUUGUGGACUAGACGCUCUGGCUCGUGUAUGGGACCUUCGAACUGGGAGAAGUGUUCUUGCACUAGAAGGUCAUGUCAAAUCGAUUCUUGGCAUCAGUUUUUCUCCCAAUGGAUAUCAUUUAGCCACCGGUGGUGAAGAUAACACUUGUCGUAUUUGGGACUUGAGGAAGAAGAAGUCUUUGUACACCAUUCCCGCGCACUCUAAUCUAAUAUCACAGGUCAAAUUUGAGCCACAGGAGGGUUACUUUUUGGUAACUGCCUCAUAUGACAUGACGGCCAAGGUUUGGUCAGGCCGGGACUUUAAGCCUGUGAAGACACUAUUGGGACAUGAAGCUAAAGUUACUUCUCUGGAUGUUCUUGGAGAUGGUGGGUAUAUUGUUACCGUCUCCCAUGAUCGCACCAUAAAGCUGUGGUCCAGCGGCACUACUAGUGAGCAUGCUAUGGAUGUUGACUAAGGCUAUUUGAAUGAUAUACGAUUUGUAAACGGGCCUUAGUGACAGGAAUCAGAUUAAUCAUUUUUGAUAGAAACAAAAGCUUAGCUUGACUCUGUAGCUCGACUCAUUUGAGACAUAGGCUGAGAAUGGAAAUAUUGCUAUACUCUUCCUCACUUGAUGCAGCAUGAGUAAAUUGUCUUUUAUUCAGUGUUUUUAUGUGGCAUACUAUAUAAAUACAUAUUUCACGUCUUAAUAUUUGUUUGAUUGGAA